AAGUGCUUCUCCGCAAAUUUACCCGACAGGCAAUUGGAUCGCUGGAUGCGUUGACAUCAAGCCAGCAUUUGCCAUGCUAGAUGCUCGCCACGAACUGCGCCAUCGCAUCUUACGGCCACAACAAGCUAAAAUCAUCAAUUAAACAUCAGAAUCGUAAUCGCGUACUCCACAGCUACAUCCCGAUGCCAUAAAAUUACCGAUUCUGCCAUUGCGCUGGGCCACGAGACGUAGAGCGACGCUGUUGGCCACAGCCGGCGUCGCGUUCAUCCCAAACCUCGCCCCCGAUUCGAUUACACUAUGAACCCCGCCGAGCUCAGCCGGCCUGCAGUCGGCCUCACCACCCCGGUACUCUCUCAUAAAUCCAUCACUGUUGGCGCUUCAUCGUUGCAGAAGACGCCAAAAGUUAGCAAUGCAGUCCCCGCCCGGAUAGACCUCGAGCCCGUGUACGCGGCCCUCAAGGCUGCGAUCGGGAGUGAGCUAUGGCCGGUGUACAAGGAGACGACAUCACAGUUCUUGGUUGGCCGACUUACACAAGCUGAAUUCUCCGAGCGCGUUGAUCCCAUUCUUCUCUCUUCCAAUGGCGAAAAAGAGCACCUUCACAACCAGCUUAUUGCCGCCAUAUAUGGAAAUGUCACGCGCGAGAUGCCUGACCAGGGGCUUGCCCCAUGGGUCAGCGCCAAUGACAAACCCUCGGCCACGGCCGGGAGCAAGCCUGUAACCGGAGAUGCUACGGAGCGGAGGGUGAAGGGCGAGGUCAUGCAGCUGCCGGCCAGAGAUCGGAGGCGCAUCAAAGAUCUUGCUACAAACGAGAUUGUGGACCCGCACGAAGCCCUCGCCGGUGUAUUCUCCGAGCAUCACAGGGCAAAAGCCCCGAGAACACAGGAGGUGCCCCAAAGUGCUGCUGGUGGCUUAAAUCGCAUGAAUUGGGACCUCGAGAUUCGAAAACGAUAUGCACAGCCACUCGCAGUCGAGUCCGGCGAGUUCCCAGACACCAGUAAUGUCGAGGCACGCAUGCUGCCCUUCUGCUAUGAGUCUGGAUUGGUAUCCGGGCAUGCUCCUGAGGCAGCAGGGUUUGUCGCGGUGGCUGCUGAGGUUUUUAUAAAAGAAGUAUUGUCGGCGAUCCUCUGUCGCACAAGAAGCAAUGGGCCCGGCGAGUUGGGUGGUGGAUCCAGCAAUAUAACGGAAGGAACAACAUGGAUACAAACACACAAGUAUCGCAAGCAGCUGGCUAGGGAGGAGGAAUCAGCGAGGCGUGGCGAGCUCUCAAGGGAUAAGAGCGGUUUACUACCCGUCGAGGCGCGAUCCGCCAGUGAACAGGGGCCAGUUGGGAUGGCUGACCUGCAACUCGCUUUGGACAUGGGCGAGUGCGGUAUGGCGAAUUUCCCGUUAGUCAGUCAGACGAUCAACUACAGCUACCGGGAAGGAGAGCUGGAGGCUUGGGAGGACUACACGUGGAUAGGUGGGGAGCCACCAAAGGACAGGGAUGGUGACACACGCAUGACGGACGCUUCCGCCAAGGCCAAGAGUCUAAAGACGGUCAUUGGACUACCGAAUGGAGUACUUCACGAAGAUGCGAUGGAUGUCGACAAUUCAGAUGACGAUAUCUGGUGGGAGGGUGCCGAUUUUGACGACAGCGGCACGUUUGACAAUGUUCUCGACGCCUGUUUGACUGCAUAAGCCAUUCUAUCUGCUGGACGGCCAGUUUGACGCCGCCACGUGGUUUCACAUUCGAUGGCACAAGAUGCAGAAAACAAAUGGGAGGGCGGUUUUUAUCCAGUUCAACCUCUCACGUGCCAGUGCUACCUCAACAGCCAUCUUCAACCCUCCUUCUAUGGAGUUCAUCACACGCUCAAACCAUGGAUUAGGCCAUUUAUUUUUGACAUCAUCUUGCAUUGCUACAUGGCGUUUGGAGCAAGACAGGGAGACUGGGCUGGAUGGCUCAUAUUGGCUUAUUUUUGUUUUAGGCCGUUCUGCUCCUAUAUGGAUGGGGCCUGGGCCAAGGUCAUAUCACUAUCUAUUCUUUUUUGGUUUGGUUUGGUUUUUCUUAUAUGUUUCUUAUUGUACAAAGCGUUAACAUUCGACAUCAAGGCCCCAGCGAACUGUUUGGGUGUCUUGGAUGGGGAAAGCCGCUUAUGGUUGAGCGGCCAGAGGGCUGCUGGUCUUGGCACGAUACGGGUUCGCUUGUGUAUUCGAUACCCUGCUAUUAAAGCAGUCUUAUUGUACUUAUAAAAACAACGAUACCCAGGGACGAGAACUUAACAGUACGUACGCGACAAAUGAAAUACAUUUUUUCC